CGCAACUGCUGCCAUCUCCUUGGUGACCAGAGCUUCAUCAGCAUCUGAAGAGAUAAAGAACCGACUCCCCCAGCUUACCCAGAACAAGGUACUGAUUGAUGCCAAUUCUUCUUCCUCACUUACCUCAUCCAUACCUGCAAAAACCGUUUUCUUUGACGUCUUCCAAACCAGAGUGCAAAACUGCAAAUGUUUUUCCUAAAAAGUUCAUGAUUUACAUAUCGAUGUGAGAGGACGCACUUGCUUCGUUCCUGCAGCAGACAACAAAAUUUUAGUGAGAUAGAUACCGCAUGUUCCCCAAGAACUCGGCUAUCCAUUCAUUUUGGCCAGAAGGUAUUUGCCCUUUUUUUCUAAAGAACAUUCUGUAUUUUUAUGAGGUAAAAGCAACUAGAGGUAAGAUACAAAUUCAAGGCCUCUUUGAUUCAAAGGAUUUUCAUAGGAAUAUUAGGAUUUGUUUUUUCUUUAUCGGUUGUUUGAUUCGUAUGAUUGAAAGAAGAGGGGGUGGGGGGAGAGAACCACUCUUGUUGACUAGACUACACAGCACGCACGCAUCCCUCUUGAGUGCUGAAUUCUCCACUCCUCUUCUUACAUCCGGCGCAGGUAGACGAUUAACACGCUCGUUUUUGCUGGGAGGUCAAUCGCAACUGCUGUCAUCUCCUUGGCGGCCAUAGCUUUGCCACAAAUCUGAAGGCGCGGAGGAGAUAGAAGAACCGACUCCCAGCUUCCUAAGCUACAUGGCUCAGAAUGGCAUACUCACCCCGAUCGCUACCCUCGUUGUAAAUGAGUUAUGGGAGCCGAUCAAGAAGCAUAUUGGCUACUGUCUGAAGCCUAAAACCAAUGUCAAGAAUCUAGCCAAAGCUGCUGAUGAAUUGAGGAACUCCAUACAUACCAUCGAGGAGACCAUUCAGUUAGGUGAACGCGAAGGCAAGAGACCGAAGGUACAAGUAACAAAGUGGACAGAGAGUGCUCAGUCUAUUGAAGCUGAAGCUUGCAGCAUCAGCAAUAAGUACCAGGCAAGGACCAUACAUAUCUUUCGCUGCUCCUGGAGUUGUUGGUCUAACUAUAAAAUUAGCAAAUCUGCUGCAAAAGUUAAAGCUGAUAUUGAAGAUAUUAACAAGAGAUCACUUCAAAAGGAUGAUAUAUUAAGUUUGCUCCCACCAGUUGGUUUGGAGUUGCCUUUACCAGCAAACAUCGUAGGCCAAGAACACUACAGAAACAAGGUUUUCGGUUGCAUUGAGGAAGGCCCUACCGACAUCAUUGGCAUAUGUGGCAUGGGAGGGUCAGGAAAAACUACUCUCCUUAAACAAAUCAACAACUAUUAUAGCUCUGAAAGGCCUGUAUUUGAUCAUGUCAUGUUUAUUGAAGUUGGCAAGCAGCUAAACUUGAUGGCAGUUCAGCAGAGCAUUGCAUCUGGACUAGGACUGUUGUUAACAAAUGAUGGAGAUGCAACACACAGAGCUAGAGCUAUUUUCAACUUUUUAAAGGAAAAGAAAUUCCUAUUGCUGAUUGAUGAUCUUUGGGAAAUGCUGGACCUAGUGAAAGUUGGUAUACCACAUGGUUCGAAGAAGUGUUGCCUUCAAAAUAGUCAGACUGUGGUGAUCACAACACGAUCUUUGGAUGUCUGUGGUAGAAUGCAAAUUUUUGAAAACGUUAUACAGUUGAAAUGCUUGAAUUCUGAUCAUUCGUGGCAGCUGUUUAAAGAGGUUGUUGGUGAAAGAAAGACGGAAGAUGCUCGAAUUAGGGGAUGUGCCAAGAAGAUUGCUGCAAAAUGUGGAGGUCUUCCACUAGCAAUUAAGAUAACUGGGCAGGCUAUGGCUUCCAAGGUAGCUUCAGAAGAAUGGGAAUACAGUUUGAUGUUAGUAGAAGAUUCAGUUUUCCAUGAGGUUUCUGGUUCAGAUAACGAACUCUUUCCUAUACUGAAAAUUAGUUAUGAUAGCUUGCAAAGUGAUGUGAUUAGAAUGUGCUUUCUACUAUUUGCGGGGACUACCGCACAACAUCCAGAUGAUGAUUGGGAUUCUAUUGGUUUAAUUCACAUUUGGAUGGGGCAUGGACUGCUAGGUGAGGAUGAUGAUAUUGAAAGAACUUACUUGAUUGGAUAUUCUAUUAUUGAAAUUUUGAAAAGAUCGUUCUUGCUUGAAUCCUCUGGCAGAGGGGAGAAACGUGUGAAAAUGCACCAUGUUGUUCAAGAUCUAGCCUUGUGGAUUGUAGCGACAAAACAGAACGGGAUGCGUAAAGAGAAGUGGCUGGUGGACCAAAGAGAACACACCCAACCAGACGUUUGGAGCACCGCUGAUAGAAUCUUCCUAUAUGGUGAUGAUAUUAAGACAAUUCCUAGUUCUUGCAGCUGCCCUGACCUGUUAACAUUAAUGAUAGCAAACAGUGAGCAUAUUUCUGAGUUCCCAGCUGGUUUUUUCUCUGCCAUGAAAUCACUCAAUUAUUUGGAUCUUUCUGGAAUACAGAUCCAAGAAAUACCAUCAGAAAUAGGAGCAUUAACGAGCUUGCAGUUCCUUACUCUUUCUCGGACACCAAUACAAUCAUUGCCAGAGGAGCUGGGGCAGUUGGAAGAUCUAAGGUACUUACAAUUGCAGAGCACCUUCCGUCUCAGAAAUAUACCAAAUGGUUUGCUAGCUAGACUGAAGAUGUUAAGGCGGUUAGAUUUAUAUCGAUGUCAUGAUUUGACAAUUGAUUACUCAGCACGAUAUAUCGAAGAACUCAAAAGUUUAACUAGGCUACGGGAUAUUAGUUUUACAGUACAAGAUUCAGACUCAAUGUGGAAGAUCUGUAACUUGCCCAGAGCCUUUGUAAGCGGCCUCUGCAUUAGAGCUCUUGAAGGCUUGCAAUCUCUUCAGAUAUCACCACUGCUCCUUGCAAGUAGCAAGGCUAGAUACAUGAAAGCUCUGUCACUGGAACACAUCAAUCUUUUGGAGGACAUAGUGAUAGGUCAGACAGAUAUAGACCCAGGUUGGUGCUUGCCAAGGCUAGAAACACUACUUCUAUAUAGUCUGGUAGCACUUCAGAGGGUUGAGUUUAAAGGUAUUGAACCCAACACUUGCCUUUCAGGCCUCAGGAGAAUAUCCAUCUCACAUUGCCACAAGUUGAUAUCCAUCACAUGGAUCACAUGGCUGCCUUGCCUCGAAAGUGUAUACUUGGGUGACUGUGACUCGAUAGUUGAGCUGGUGGGUAAAGAUGAAGAAGCUGUGCUAUCUGCCACAAGGUCCUUCCCUCGACUCAAGUCCAUGGCGUUACCUAAUCUGAAGAACCUACAUAGCAUCUGUGAUGGCAGAAUCACCUUCCCAUCAUUGAUGCGCUUGCUCGUUUAUGGAUGCCCCAUGCUAAUGAAGCUGCCACAGAACUUAGUGGGCGCCGAGAGUUCACCGCUGAUAUUUGGCGAGCGAAAAUGGUGGGAAAGUUUAGAAUGGGAGGAUGCUAGCUCACAGUCCUCUCUCCUUCCUUUCUUCAGAGAAGUGCCUGCAGGAUUCAGAGGAAGCCAACCAGAAGUGUUCAGGGCUUUACGUGCUUAGUUCUUUCAGUGGAAAUCGAGACGUCGAUCAUGAGCCCUUCAUCUUUCUUUCUUUUUGCUUUUGAGAUGUUGUACUGAUCAAUUUGAUACUGAAAGAGAACAUGCCUUCUAUUGCUCCAUAUAUUCGUUGUACCAUGUUUCGUUCCACACUUGUAUAUGUCAAUUAUAUGUCCUGUUUUUACUUUUAUUUUGAGAUAAAACAGAGGUUUGGUUUUGGUACAUAUGAAGAUUGCAAAGUUGAGUGACGCCUUAACAAAAAGAGUGGCAUAACUUCACAAAGUAGAGAAAUAUAAAGUGAAAGGAGUAUUUAUGUUCUUGAACUGACUUGAACACUGAACUAUAAUCUUACA